AUGGCAGCAGCUGUACUUGACCUCCCUGAUGCUAAGUUCCCCCAGCUUGGGAAGACUGCGAUUCCAGCCCAAAAUGGAUCUAAUCGUCCCAAAAGAUCACAGACCGUCACUGGACGAGGAGGACGCGGCCGCCCUCUAUCCAAUCCACAGCAAGCAUCAGUCAUUACUUUUCGGAAGUACGGAGACAAGUUCAAGCCAGAGACGUAUUCUCCAGGGGACGUCAUCAGCGUGCCUUUCCACAUCGCCGACUACGAACAGCCGCCCGUGAACCCGGGCAUACAUUCAAGUCUAUGCAAGCUAGGUCCUUACGUCUAUUCGAAAUUUCGUCGCUUGAUCAUAUUGGACUGCUAUGUUGACCAUUGCGUGGCGAUCCCACUCUUCACCAAUAACGGCGCCGGAUUGAAGAAGAAGGUGGCAAAGGGCGAGUGGGUUGGCGUGCGAGACGCCGCAGAUCCGGUACGAGAAGCUGCGCUACCCAGACGACAGCAGCAACCCGAGCUGGAUGAAGAGCACCACCCACGCGCACUACGCGCACCCGGUCUCGUUCCGCUACGACAGGUUCUGCAUCAGGAUAGGGGAGCUCUCCGACCCGGAGGACGUGGCCCGGCUACGGGCCCUGCUGCAUAA